GAAAAACGACACACUGGCACAGGACAAGGGAGACACAGACUAUUUAACACAUGAGGGAGGGAGCACCAGGUGAACACAAUUGGUAAUUAGGGGAGACACUCAGGCAGGUGACACACACAGGGAGGGGCAGGUGACCUGAAACGAGAGGAGAGUUACUUUUCAAAAUAAAAGCAGUGACGAGACCAAGACAUAAAAAACCCAAGACCUCACCACGGUGUGACACCGCCUACUGACCAACCCUCAUUCUCUUCUCUCCACUUGAAAGCCAUUUAAGGUUUUGGCACAUUGACACUCAGUGUGACUCAUACUGAAGAGAUGCUUUUAGGGGACGACGUUAGAUGAAGUUAUUAGAUUAAAAGUUUCUUCAGAAUUUCAAUUCUUUGACUUGUACCAUCAUCUCUGCACAGGACUGAAGCUGAUGAAGCAGAUGCAAAGAUGUCUGUGGAGAACAAAUCUUCUAAAGUGACAAACAUGGACAUGGACAACAGUAACUCUGCCUAUAGUCGACUAUUUGAAGAUGGCAGCAAACUGCAGUGGUCAGUGUUUGCGUUGAGGAACACUCCGUACCGAGCAGCGACAAUCGGCCUCGGCCUGCUGUGUGUCGUCCUGCUGGCUGCAGUCAUCGGGCAGAGUGUUCACCACCGAAAAGUAGAACAAGAGCAGCAGAACAACCUAACAGCCGUGAUAACGGAGAAAGAGACGCUAAAGGAGAACCUGGUGACAGUGAGAGCUGAGAAAAAAAACCUGGAGAUCGCCCGCACUCAGCUAAUUGACAGAAACACUUUCCUGUCCAGGAACAGAGACGACAUUCAGAAUCGCUACAGUGAACUAUAUGAACAAACCAACCUACUUAAAGCCAGCCAAAGCCAGUUACAGGCCAGUAAUACUGCUUCCGCCACAGAGAUAGCAGAGCUAAAAGCAACCAAAGAGCAGCUAGAAACUCAGAGCCAAGCCUUUAAGACGGCCAAAGAUUUGUUACAAGCACAUUUCGACACAGUGGUCAAAAAAAGAAAUGAGUUACAGUCGAAUUACGAGUCGGUGACCAAAGACAGGGACAACUUACAGAACAAGUUCAACAACGUGACCAGACAGAAAGAGCAUCUCCAGCAGAGCUACAAUGAGAUGAUUAAGAGAGUUGAGCAUUUACAGGACAGGUACAACUUCACCAGCAGUGAGAAAGACAAGAUAUCCAGCAGUCACCAGAACCUGACCAUCUCUAAAGAAACCCUGCAGGCCACAUAUGACGUUCUUGUCGAGACGACGAAGGAGCUGCAGGCUUCUUUUGACUCCUUGAUGAAGGAAAAAACUGAUCUUGUAAGCAGCUGCGAAGGUGCGAAAGCUGAAAGAGACGAGCUGAAGGUGAAGAACGACAACCUGACAGCUGUGAGAGACGAUCUGCAGGGAGAGAUGGAGAAACUGAAGGCAAUAGCUCAAGGGAGGAAGUGCCCGACUGGCUGGACGAGGUUCCAGUACAGCUGCUACUUCACCUCCGCUGGCCAAAGCAACUGGGAAGCGAGCAGAGCGUACUGUCAGGGCAAAGGGGCUGACCUGGCCAUCCUAAAGACCAGCGAGGAGAUGGAGUUCAUCAACAGCUUGUAUACAAGUGAUAAAGAGGUGUGGAUCGGACUGACUGAUGGAGGGAUCGAAGGCCAGUGGAAAUGGGUGGAUGGGACGGCACUGACCACCUCGUUCUGGGACAAAGGGCAGCCCAACAGCCAUCAGGGGAAGGACCAGGACUGUGUGGAGUUCUGGCACCGUAAGACAGGAGAUGGCAAAUGGAACGAUGAGACCUGUACCAUAGAACAAUAUUUUAUCUGUGAGAUGUAAUUUUCUUGAUUAGAGAUGUCUAGAAGUAGUUAGAAGAAGUUAACCCUCUGGGCUCUGACCCUAUUUGCCCUUUAUAUUCCACAUACAAAAUGUUGGUAUCCAUUUUUCAGCACAACUUCACCAUUUUUUUUUCACUUUAACCUACUUUAUUAACAUAUCGAGCCCAAAAAUAGACAAAAAUCAUGAAAUCUGAAAUAAAAUUAUAGUAUUUAUUACAAUAAAAACCACAAAUAUGCUCAAUUAACUGUUUUUGACCUAUAAAUUUAAACAUAGGUUGCAAAUAUGAACAUAUAAAGAUGAAAUUCAAAUAUAAUACAACUAUAUACAAGAAAUUCCCAUAAAAACAUGUAUAUUUAUAGGAAUAGGUAUUGUAUUAUGAAGGUAUUAUGAAGGUACGGUGUUGCCCCAUUUUUGACCUGUCAAAUUGCUAUAAUGCAUCUUUCUGAGUGAUGUGAUACUUUAAAAAAGAGGGAAGAGUAUAGGGAACCAAUAGCAAUGCUUUAAUUUGUCACAUGACCUCCAGGAGGCCAUAUUGAAACACUAUUUUGCAGACUUUUACAAAGGAAACAGCUUUGCCAUUUUGUGCCACAAAAAAUAAUUUUUGUGUCAUAAUAAUUAAUUGUGUCAUUGUGACAUCAUGGUAUUUCUCCAUUAACUUUACAUGAAACUUUUAUAUUUUUAUAGUAAAACUGUGCGUUUCUUCCAGUUUAUGACAGUAAAAUGAGGGCAUCUUAAAAAGAAAGAUAAUAACAAUAAUAAUAAUAAUAUUUUUCAUAAUUAAAAAAUGUGUCUGGGAGGGGAUUUCAGCUGUCUGACACUGCUAAACUUUUACUUGGAAAUGUACAGGAUCAUCUCAAUAAAUUAGAACAUAAUGAAAAGUCCAAAUUUCCAGUAGUUGAAGUCAAACAGCCCCAACCAAGUAUUGAGUCAUAUAGAUGACAUACUUUUCAGAGGCCAACAUUUACAUAUUAAACAUACUUUUUAAAAUUGGUCUUUUGUAAUAUUAAAUCAUUUUUUGGGACACUGAUUUUAGGUCUUCAUUAAAUGUAAACCAUAAUCAUUAUAAUUAGAAGAAAUCAAAUAAAUGAACAUGAAAUGUUUCAUUCAGUGUGUAAUGGAUCUAUAUUAUGUGUUAUUUCCACCUUUUGAAUUGAAUUACUGACAUAAAUAAACGUUUCUAUGAUAUUCUAGUUUAUUGAGAUGCACCUGUAAAUAGACAACAAAGGCUCUUUCGCUGUAAAUGGCUUCAUAGUUGCUUUAGCGACUUGUAAUUAACUAUAUAACUUGACACACAAGAUUUUUUCAUUUUAUAUUCUUGUAACCACAUUGAACGACAUUGAUUAAUAUAAACACAUAGAAUGAGUCUCUUUAAAUAAAAAUGAUUAACUUGUA